GGUGGAGAGGCAUCGAGGAUACUGUUUGCACUAGCAUUCUGUGGGUUAAAUCUAAGAGUCUGUGCCAAGGAUAAGUCAGGCUCCUCCUUUAUCCACAAAGCAGAAGUGUUAGAGAUCACUGCCGGGUUUUACACACACAUGGCUGAACCCAAGAAGAAGAGGGUUAAGGGGACCUUGCCCAGCUGCCCUGUGCACCAACAAAACAAAGUUUGCAGGGUGAGGCAGAACUUCUCCCCAGAGCUGGAAGAAAGUCUCUGUGAGGUGAUCAGCUCCCUGCUGCAGCUCUCAUACAAGUUCCAGGCCCUGGUAAGGAGGGGAGGGUGCCAGGCAGUGUCCUGUGCCUGCCUGGAAUGCUACCCAUACACAAGGGGCAUAGUAGGGGGUGGAGAGAGGCUGUUGAUGUGCUGGGGCAGUAAUCUGGGCCAGAGAAGGAGGAGAAAAAAAUAACAUUCACUGAGCACUGCUGCAGUGGACACUUUUUAAUUAAAAAUCAUUCAGUGACACAAAACCAAUUAACUGUAACUUAUUAUGUUAAUGAGGGAGAGGGAGAAACCAUCCAACAUUCUGUAUAACUGUCUGUAAUGUUACAUGUUUAAGACAGGAGCUGGUACAUUAACCAUUGGUAAUCUCAAUCAUUUGGACACUGGAAAGGUAUCACUGUGUUUUAUAAAGAUUGUUUCCUGUAAACUAACGAAACCUGUAAUGCCAAGUACACCGCUUAGAGCUAUAUAAAUAAAAUAUACAUACACUGUGUACCUACUGCACCUCCCUCUACUAUAUACCUAUUGCACUUACUGUACCUCCCUCUACUGUCAUGUAACCUGUAAAGUGCUAAGUACACCUGUUAGUGCUAUAUAAAGAAAAUAUACAUACACUGUAUACCUACUGCACUUACUGUACCUCCCUCUACUGUAAUGUGCUGAGCACACCUGUUAGCGCCAUAUAAAUAAAAUAUACAUACUCUGUAUACCUACUGCACUUACUGUAGCUCCCUCUACUGUAAUGUAAGCUGUAAAGUGCUGAGUACACCUGUUAGCGCUAUAUAAAUAAAAUAUACAUACACUGUAUACCUACUGCACUCCCUCUACUAUAUACCUAUUGCACCUCCCUCUACUGUCAUGUAACCUGUAAAGUGCUAAGUACACCUGUUAGUGCUAUAUAAAGAAAAUAUACAUACACUGUAUACCUACUGCACUUACUGUACCUCCCUCUACUGUAAUGUAAGCUGUAAAGUGCUGAGUACACCUGUUAGCGCUAUAUAAAUAAAAUAUACAUACACUGUAUACCUACUGCACUUACUGUAGCUCCCUCUACUGUAAUGUAACAUGUAAAGUGCUGAGUACACCUGUUAGCGCCAUAUAAAUAAAAUAUACAUACUCUGUAUACCUACUGCACUUACUGUAGCUCCCUCUACUGUAAUGUAACAUGUAAAGUGCUGAGUACACCUGUUAGCGCCAUAUAAAUAAAAUAUACAUACUCUGUAUACCUACUGCACUUACUGUAGCUCCCUCUACUGUAAUGUAACCUGUAAAGUGCUGAGUACACCUGUUAGCGCUAUAUAAAUAAAAUAUACAUACACUGUAUACCUACUGCACUUACUGUACUCCCUCUACUGUAAUGUAACCUGUAAAGUGCUGAGUACACCUGUUAGCGCUAUAUAAAUAAAAUAUACAUACACCGUAUGCCUACUGCACUGUACCUCCCUCUACUGUAAUGUAACCUGUAAAGUGCUAAGUACACCUGUUAGUGCUAUAUAAAGAAAAUAUACAUACACUGUAUACCUACUGCACUUACUGUACAUCCCUCUACUGUAAUGUAACCUGUAAAGUGCUGAGUACACCUGUUAGCGCUAUAUAAAUAAAAUAUACAUACACUGUAUACCUACUGCACUUACUGUACCUCCCUCUACGGUAAUGUAACCUGUAAAGUGCUAAGCACACCUGUUAGUGCUAUAUAAAGAAAAUAUACAUACACUGUAUACCUACUGCACUUACUGUACAUCCCUCUACUGUAAUGUAACCUGUAAAGUGCUGAGUACACCUGUUAGCACUAUAAUAAUAAAAUAUACAUACACUGUAUACCUACUGCAUUUACUGUACCUCCCUCUACUGUAAUGUAACCUGUAAAGUGAUGAGUACACCUGUUAGCGCUAUAUAAAUAAAAUAUACAUACACUGUAUACCUACUGCUCUUACUGUACCUCCCUCUACUGUAAUGUAACCUGUAAAGUGCUGAGUACACCUGUUAGUGCUAUAUAAAUAAAAUAUAUAUAUACACUGUAUACCUACUGCACUAACUGUACUUCCCUGUACUGUAAUGUAACCUGUAAAGUGCUAAGCACACCAGUUAACGCUAUAUAAAUAAAAUAUACAUACACUGUAUACCUACUGCACUUACUGUACCUCCAUCUGCUGUAAUGUAACCUGUAAAGUGCUAAGCACACCUGUUAACGCUAUAUAAAUAAAAUAUGCAUACACUGUAUACCUACUGCACUAACUGUAAUUCCCUGUACUGUAAUGUACCCUGUAAAGUGCUGAGUACACCUGUUAGUGCUACAUAAAUAAAAUAUACAUACACUGUAUACUUACUGUACCUCCCUCUACUGUAAUGUAACCUGUAAAGUAGUGCUAAGUACACCUAUUAGUGCUAUAUAAAUAAAAUGCUAAUCUGUGAAUCUGCCGGAAUGUAAUGAAACUCAGUUGUUCUGAGAUUAUGCUCCCCCCGCCCCCUUUUUACAUUAUCUGUUCAAUGACCAAUUGGCUUCAAUGUAUUCAGAUAUCAAUAAUACAAAAAAAUUGUUCACACAAGCCUUUCCAUGUUUUAUUAAACCCCACAAAGGGAUACAUCAUCUGUAACGGGAGGUAGGCAAUUUUAAAACCCAGGGCGCCAAAAUAGUGAGCAAGCAACCGCUUUCUAACCAUCAGAUUAGUAAUGGCACCCCUCCUUGGCGUGUGAAGAGUUAAAGUCUUCAUGGCUCCAUUUUAGGCCUGAUUCUCUUUCCUGCUGUUACUUUAAAUAUAUUAAUCUGCUUGAAAAAAAGACCGUUUCCUUUUCAGUAUCCUAAGGCGUGACACAGAUAUUGUGUAACCAGCAGAUUUUUUUUUUUUUUUUUUGUUUAUUUUAAUCCGGAUACAGAACAUUUCACCUCUAUUUAAUUUAUUAUUCGUUUGUCUCCCUGGCCUAGAUUAAGACAUUUUUCAGCAACGCACAAACAAUUUUUCAGGGACAAGUGAAUAUGUUGUCUUUAAUUACAUGUAUUUUUAUUCAACAAACUAAAAUGUACCACUUUUUUAUUAUCAUUAUUAUUAUUAUUAUUAUUAUUAUUUAGCCUCUGACUUUGACAUAAAAUAACAAAUGCAUAAAAUUUAUAUAGUGGAUUAUAUGUGAGGUGUACUUGGCAAGAAAAGCAUAUUUGUGCUCCAUAUCCAGACUUUACAAAGAUGAUUUUCAAGAUCUUUAUUUUUCUCCAGAUCAUAAUGUGACGAAAUUGUGCAGAAUGAGACAGAAAUUGAGGCAACAAUUUCAUUUUGACACAUGGCACUCCCGAUACUCCUAUAAACCUUAGUUUGAGAUUUAUCUAUUUUUUCUGUUAAAAUGUUCCUCGGUGAUUACAUAAACACAUUCCAGACAUGCCACAUUACUCAUAACCAGCACCUAAAAAUGUAACCACUUGUAGUCUGGAGAAAAUAAACCUUUAAGAUCUAUUACAUAAGAUUCAUCAGAAUAUUGAGUCCAUUCAAUGGACAAAAUAUAUUUUAUUUUUGUUUUUUUGUUUUUACCAUAUUUUUUUUAUUGCAAUAUUUUUGUUUUGGUAUUUUUUUGUUUUUUAUUGUAAUAGUUAUUAAUGCAAUGCCUUGUUAUUUAAUGUUAGGCCGAAGUAUUUGAUCAAGAUAGUGUGGCUCUUUUCCGUGUCUCGAAGUUCUUCCAUGAACAGUCAAAGAGCGAAGAGGAGGCUGCUCAGUUACUGUUAAAACACAUGGCCAAUCGUGGCGGAUUUUACUGCUCAAAAACUAUUCAGGUAAAAAUACGAGACAACAGUAAAGCCGUAACCUAGAACACUUUAUAGGAGGCAUGUUGCUUAAUGGUGUGAAUGAGGAACCCGUACCAAUCGGUGUGGGCUCCGUUUAUGAACAACCUCCGCCCCUUUCUUACGCAAGAUGCUGCCAAGGAGCUUGUUCAUGCUCGUGUAAUCUCUUGCAUGGAUUACAGUAAUUCUCUCUUAGUUGGUCUUCCCAGAAGCCGUACUGCCUUGUUGCUAUAAUGAAUGCUGCCGCCAGACUGAUCUUUCUCUCCUGUUGCUCCUCCCAUACCUCACCCCUCUGUCGAUCCUUGCACUGGCUUCCUGUAUCCUAUAGGUGUCAAUUCAAAAUACUAACACUUACCUAUAAAGCGCGAAACAGCUCUAGUCCCUGUUAAAAUGUUUUCACUGAUUCCCAGAUAUGCCCUUUCUCUGUCUUUCUGCUCUGCCAGUGACCAGUCUUUUGCUCGCACCCUUACUGCUAACUCGCGCUUGCAGGACUUUUCACAGGUGGCUCCUUCCUUUGGAACAGCCUGCUACCCCCAUCAGAUAUUCCCAUAGUCUUCAAUCAUUUAAGAAAUUUCUUCAGGAAAGAUUAUGGCUUCCCAGAGUAACUUUUAUGUCACAAAUUGUUCUCUUGCUCUCUCUUAACCCCUUAAGGACACAUGACAUGUCUGACAUGUCAUGAUUCCCUUUUAUUCCAGAAGUUUGGUCCUUAAGGGGUUAAAGAGCCACAGUCCACUCUCACCUGGAGUUCUGCUACUUUUUCACCUUGUUUGUUUGCUGUCCCCCUUGAUACCCUUCCUGUUGUGUCUUUAUACUCCACUCCUCUAGACUGUAAGCUCGUUUGACCAGGGUCCUCAUGUACCUAUUCUUGUAUCAUUUUGUAAUGGUCCGAUUUAUUGUUAAAUUUCCCCCUUCCACAUUAUUGUAAAGCACUGCUGAAUAAGUUUGCUCUACAUAAAUACCAAAAAUAACAAUAACCUGGGGUGCCUUUUCCUCUUAUAUACCUGGGCAUCUGUUGAUAGGGGAGCAGAGAAAUAUGGGCCUAUCUUUUUUUUAGGAAUCCCAAAUGAUUGAGAAAAGGAGAGGUACAAAUAUAUUUAUUUUUUUAGUUUAGUUUUUGUUGUGAGUUUUGUUUAUUUUAAGGGAGGCAGCAGGGACUCUACAUGUGUUUUUUUUUUUUUUUUUAUCACUAUAGGGUCUGGAAUACACAUUUGUGUUCCUGACCCUAUACUGUUCCUUUAAAUUUGAAAUUCACAUUGAAUUUAUUUGUAGUUUUCCUUUUAGUGAAAAACCCUGCAAGAUUUCAAUUUUCCUGAUCAUUUUCCACAAUGCCUGGUCUACUGAAUGUUUCCCAGUUGUGACCUGACAAUAAAUGUUACCAUUUUGUUGAUAGAAGCCAAGCUGUGAAUAUGUUCGGGAUUUAAUGACUGCAUUAAAUAUGGCACUGGACCAGUGGAAGAUUAUGCAGGUAUACUUUGAGGAGCUGUACAGUUUAAGCAUGGACUGUUUGGAUCCCCACAGCGCCAGCUUAAUAAAGAAGCAUUUUCUUGAACCAACAAUGAAGAAGGUUAAACUGACAGGAGAUGUCAUUACAAACGCACACCGGCUCAACUGUACACCAGAUGGUAGAGGUAGUUUUGGUGAAUAUCUUAUUGAGCGAUUACAGGAAGAGCUGACCAAAUGAGGUUGCGUAGACAAUGGUUUGUUUAAAAUGAAGGUGAAUUGGUUCCCAAAUUUAUUUUUAUUUAUUUUUUAAUUAUAAGGGAGCAUUGAAAGACUUGUUUGGUCUAAAUUUUCAAAUUUUCCUUCCUAUUAUUUAAAGUUUAGUAAAUAAAGCCCCAAAUAUUUUGUUGGUUGAGCUUAUAGAACACUAUCAGAACUUCCAUGGACUGGAUUCUAUUGAACAUUGUAAAUGUCCAGAGAGGGACAAUGAUAUUUUAGGGGGUGCAGUUGGGGAGUGGCUUUGGGACAUGGCUGUUCCAGGACGGUUUUGGCUGAUUGCAUGUCCUGAUGGCCAUUAAACUGAAAAUGUAAUUUUGAACAAAGUAUCUUAAUUACACAGUCAGAUUUCUUAACACCAUAGCUGCAUGCAAAGCAAUGCAUUAGAGUGUACACCCUGAGAAAAUUACCACCUAAACCAUAUUUUAAAUUACAUUUUUGCUCUUGUGAUAAUCCAGUGAAUAUAGAGAUAGUCUUGUGGGUGGUUUUGUACGUGCUGUGAACUUAAACUCAUGCAAAAGUAUUCAAUUACAUUUAAAAUGGGGGCAAAGAAGACCAUUUGCCCUCAUGUUAUCUGUGACUGGGGACACCCAGAAAAUCCUUUUUCCAUGCCUAUACCCAACACAUUAUUGUAGUUUAAAGACCCAUUACUGUGAAUAUUAUUGCUGUGGAGCUUUGUUAUACACUCAGACACACCAACCAUAUGGAUUUACUAGAAAAGAGGGAUAUUCGGAUAGAAACGUCAGAGGAAUUUGGGUCAAAAAUAGGGACUGCCCCUGUGAAAAUAAAGACACUUGGGAAGUAUGAGACUGUACAGGCAGGGAGUGAAGCAGGAAAGGUCAUAGAGACAUCACAGUCCAUUUUCAAACACAGUGCGACCUAAUGUUCUUGGUUGCUGUCAUCCAAGUCGCCCUUUCUAUUGUGUUUUUACAUAAGCUCUCUUGAACAGGGUCCUCAUCAACCUAUUGUUCCAAUAACAUUUUGUAAUUCUCAUUUAUUAUUCAUUUCCCUCUUUAUAAUAUUGUAAAGCACAGCGGAAUAAGUUGGUGCUACACAAAUGCCAAUAAAAAAUAUAUGUGUUGGUUAAACGGUAUUUGUCUGACAGUGUUCUAAAUUCCAUGUAGGGAAUCAGAGAUCAAGAGUUCGAAAGAAAUGAGGCUUUAAACUGCAAACAGAGACGGGAUCUCUCAUUGGCUAUCAUACUUGUCUUUAUUUGCAGUUCAAAGCCUAAUUUCUUUCGAACUCUUACUCCUAGUGUCGGACAUGUGUGCUGCAUACAUAUUAUUUCGUAUAAGGUAUUUCUGUUUGUGUGUAUUUUGUUUUAUAUUGUCUACAAUCAUUUCCAUGUUGUAUUCUUCAGAGAUGCAAUUUUUACAAUUUUAUAAUGCUGUUUGGAAGAACACACUUUUUGAAAAUAAACAUGUG